AUGGCGGACGAUGUAGAGCAACGUGGAGGGUCGAACGUGGAUAAAUCAAUCGAUAGCUUAUCAACAUCCUCGGAAAAUGCACAAAAUACAUCUGGAAAUGAAUUCWUAGAUAGUACAGAAAAUAUUGACACUUUUUCAGAGAAAUCCUUUGAAACGGAGGGCAGUUUUGGCGAGGAAAAGGCYGCCACAGCUGUUAAAAGUACAGUUUUCGACAAUGAAAYAGUGACAGCAGCAGCUGACCUUUGCAUAAAAGAUGAUGUUGGUUCUUUAAGUGACCUAAAAAAUGAUAAAGAAGAACAAGUUUUGGAAAUGGAAGUGGCGAAAGGAGCUGUCGGUGCGGACAGCGAAGGCUGCAAACUAACAUCAGCAGUCGAAGAAGUACACGGUGACGUUUUUGUCGACAGCUCGACACACCACGUACCAGAAGUGCAGCUCGAAAAAACUGAAUUUAGACAUCGACAUUUAAAAGAAAAAGUAGAAAAUUUACCRAGCUCUUCAUCAGAUUCAAAUGUCAAUUUUGAAAAAUUUGAAGACAGCAGAGACAAUGUUUUUGAUGAUGACCCACUGUUAGACACUACUCUACUAUCAAGAACAAAUCAAAAACAAUCGCAAAAUCAAUCUCYAACAAAAAAAUUAUCRAUAUUCAAAUAUAUGAUGGCGGAGAUCUCCCAUGGUUAUGUACUUGAACUAGAUGAAGAUAAAUAUGAUGAUAAACGAAGAAUAGUUUAUACCUUUAUGAAAAUACCAAGAGAAGUUGAGAAGCUGAUGAUAUUUGGUUUUAUGCUGUGUCUUGAUUGUUUUCUCUUUAUGUUCACUUUUCUUCCUGUAAGGAUUCUUUUUGCUUUAUGGAAACUAAUCUCUGGGGUCUUCUGUUGUAAAAAGACAAGACUACUGGAGCCUACACAGAUAUGUGAUCUACUGAAAGCUUCUAUUAUUCUGGUGUGUUGUUGUCUGCUGGAGUAUGUGGAUUUUUCAGUCAUGUACCAUACAGUGAGAGGACAGUCAGUCAUCAAGCUCUAUGUUAUUUACAACAUGUUAGAGGUUGCAGAYCGUCUUUUUUCUUCUUUUGGUCAAGACAUUUUAGAUGCUUUAUUUUGGACAGCAACAGAACCAAGGGACAGAAAGCGUCAACAUGUUGGUACAUUACCUCACUUUGCCCUGGGUGUUCUAUAUGUCUUUCUUCAUGCUGUGCUGGUUUUGUUCCAAGCAACAUGUCUGAAUGUGGCUGUCAAUUCACACAAUAAGGCCCUGUUAGUCAUUCUUGUGUCAAACCAGUUUGUAGAGCUUAAAGGAAGCGUUUUCAAAAGAUUUGAGAGGAAUAAUCUCUUCCAAAUGGCUUGUAGCGAUAUUAGAGAGAGGUUUCACUACCUCAUACUAGUCAGCAUUGUUUGUCUCAGAAACCUGACAGAAUUCAACUGGAAUCUAGAACAUUUGCAUGUGAUAUCGCCUUACCUGUUUGCAACUGUAAUGUCGGAGUACUUUGUGGACUGGGUAAAACAUGCUUUCAUCACCAAGUUUAAUGACAUCCAACCUGAGGUUUACAGAGAAUAUAGAUCGAGACUGGCCAAGGAUGCAACAUCCAGUAGACAAAAAAAUGCACAUGCAGAUCAUUUUGACUUGGUUUCUCGUCGAAUGGGAUUCAUCCCACUUCCYCUUGGAUCGCUUGUGAUUCGAGUGAUUAGACACUCCAUACACAUCAGUGGUAUUGGUGCUGUGGCGUUGGUCAUCACUACGUAUAUCUUUUUAAUGUCCGUGAAGAUUCUAAACAGCAUCAUUUUUCUUGGGAAGGCAUCUCAGUAUGCCCAGGAAUACCCGACAACUGACAACAAACCAACACAACAACACAGCCAACAUACUACUACCCCUUCAAACACAACACACCAAAUACCUGGACAAUCAUCAACAAUUCCAGGAAAUAUUCCUGAAGAGAACAAGAAAGGCGAAAAGAAACCGACAAAGUCUCUUGCAGAGAUUGAUAGAUAUACACUCUGUAGCAAAGAAAUAGUUCUGUUUUAAGAAUAGUCAAAUGGAUGAUGAAAAUAUGUGAAUAAAUGGAGCUACAACACCAACACAUGGUGGUUGACUGACCCAUGUAAGCUAAGUAAAUAAAUGGAGACAAUAGCAGCCCAUGAUGGUUGGCUAUGAUCCCAAAGACGUUGUCCAGGAAAAAGUUUUAACUUUAAAGUAAAAAUUAUCUAAAUUGUAUAAAUUAAUUCAUAGAAUACACAAGGAAGAGUUCGACCUGACUGGUCAUCUUUUUUACCCUGUGUUCCUUAAAAUCACUAAAUUUCAGGACAUAAUUUUGUAGUAAGGUUUAGAGUGAAGUCAUUAAACCCGUGAAACAAAA